AAGGUGACUAUUUACAUAUUGUAAAGUAAGUAAAAUUUAUUUAUAUAGAACUUUUCACAGAUAAGAAUCACAAAGUGCUUUACAAAAACAUUGCAUGACAAAAUAUACACACUCAUCUACAUAAUAAAACACAACAUAAAAUAAAUUAAACAAUAAUAAUAAUAAAUAAAAACAAAUGUGAAUCUUAAAUGACUUCAUAUUGACUGCAUAGUGGACUACACAAGUUAUAGAGAACAAUUAAUAAUUAGGGAAAUCUUUGGUAUCUGGUCUGCUCUACAUGACUGCAGCAAUAAAACAAAAGAAAGUGGUGGAAAUGUCAAAGGUCAUAGGUCAGAAAGAAUCCCAGCACAUUUGAUGGUUGUUGUCAAAUCAUGGUUCAUUACAGAUAGGAAAAUGGUUCAUUUGGACAAAGUGCUUGUUCAAGUGUGGCUAAAAAUAAAAAAAAAGCUACUAGUGUAAACCAGGCUGUGACUGUCAUGCCUGGCAAUAAACUGUAAAGAAACCGUAAACAUGAGGAGAGAGAGAGAGUAGAGGGAGUGUCCUUACUGUCUCGUGUAUGAAUGUGAGGGAGGAGACAGUGUGGAGGAGUAAAAGCACAGGAGUAGCGCGAGGAAUGCAGGGAGAGAGAGUAUAGUAACAGAGGGAAACAGUGGUCUGUUGGUGUAACAGAAUACAAUCAUCAUGUCAGGCUGUUCUGUAGUUUGGAUUGUACCUUUGCUCCUGGGUCUCAGUGCUCCUCUGGCCUGGAGUAUUGAUUUCAGGCACCAUGGAUAUGAGGAGAUGGUGCAAGUUCUGUUCGCCGUGCAGAGCCAAUGCCCUUACAUCAGCCGCAUCUACAGCAUCGGACGCAGUGUGGAAGGACGUCAUCUGUAUGUUCUGGAGUUCAGUGAUAACCCAGGCAUUCAUGAAGCAUUGGAGCCGGAGGGCAAGUACGUGGGGAACAUGCAUGGGAACGAGGUGCUGGGCCGUGAGCUGCUUCUCCACCUUUCUCAGUUCUUAUGUGACGAGUACCAAGCAGGGAAUCAGCGGAUCACCGAGCUCAUACACAACACACGCAUUCACAUCCUGCCCUCCAUGAACCCAGAUGGUUAUGAAGUAGCGGCCAUGCAGGGUCCAGAAUUUAAUGGUUAUCUGGUUGGCCGAGGCAAUUCCAGGGAAGUGGACCUGAAUCGUAAUUUUCCUGACCUGAAUGCACUCAUGUACUACAAUGAGAAGAACAACGGACCGACUCACCACCUGCCACUUCCAGACAACUGGGAGCAACAGGUUGAACCAGAAACUCUUGCAGUUAUUAAGUGGAUGCAAAACUACAAUUUUGUUUUAUCCGCAAACCUGCACGGAGGAGCGGUGGUGGCCAAUUACCCCUUUGACAAAUCCGGAGAGCCCCGUAUACGAGGCAAGUCUUCAUACACUGCCACUCCAGAUGACAAGAUCUUCAAAAAGUUGGCAAAGACUUACUCCUACGCUCACAGUUGGAUGCACAAAGGUUGGAACUGUGGAGACUACUUUGAGGAUGGUAUUACCAAUGGAGCAAACUGGUACUCCUUAUCCAAAGGCAUGCAGGACUUUAACUACCUGUACACUAACUGCUUUGAGAUCACUCUGGAGCUGAGCUGUGAUAAAUUCCCAUCUGCGAGUGCUCUGUCUGGUGAAUGGAUGGCCAACAGGGAGGCUCUGGUGUCCUACCUCGAGCAGGUUCAUCACGGCAUUAAAGGAAUGGUCUACGAUGAGAACAACAACCCCAUGAGUAAUGCAGAGAUCUCAGUGGCGGGCAUAAACCAUGCUGUAACCACUGGUGCGGAUGGAGACUACUUCCGUCUGCUUUUGCCAGGAACCUAUACUGUUACUGCCUCUGCAGAAGGCUACCAGACUUUCACCAGUACAGUCACGGUCGGUCCUGCAGAAGCCAUACAGUUACACUUCUAUUUGAAACCAGCACCAGUAGAAACAAACUUAAAUAUGAAGAACCUUCAAGACAAGGAACGAUUGUUUACUACCAAGGUUUCUUCUGUCAACCUCGGCCCAAGAUAAACAAGGACUCUUCUCUAUGAGAAAGGGAUGCAUUCUACAUCUAUCACUAACCACAACACUGAAUAUAUUUCCAGUGUACUUAGUGUGUUUUUACAGGGAGACAUAAAUCAAUAUUUAAAAAUGAUAUAUGGUAAGCGAUGACAUUCAUACAAGUCUCAGUUCCAAAAAAGUUAUUUCUAUAGUGAUUUUUACAAUAAACAUUGGCUUAAUGCAGCUUUACAGAAAUCCAGGUCUAAAAUCCCUUACUUAACAAUCCCUUAACAAUACUAGAGGAAGAGUGCCAAGACAAAAACACUAUAGUCAUAUAGAAAAAAGAGGAUUUCCUGAGAGGAACCACAAUUUACAUGUACCCAUGGUAGUUUGAAAAGUACCUUUGGGCAGCAUAGGGGAUAUUUAGAGUAAGUAAAUCAAACAAAUACUAAAUAGAUUUAAAAAAAAGAAAAAAGAUGAUGUAUGAAAACAUAAAUCUUUUGUUGUAUUAGAGGUUAAAAGUUAGCGCAGGAUAUAAAAUGCAAGUAUAUAUGAAAAGACAAUGUUUAAAGUUUCUAUUUUAUGGUAUUUUUUGGUAAAUGCUUAUUUUAAUAAAAAAAAGAUCAAGACGGGCGAUUUAAGAGUAGAAAUGCUGUGAAAUGAAGUAAGGCAGUCAUGUUGGUGUAUUUCUCAAUGAGCAGUUACACCACCUACAAUGCAUAAUAUCAUUAAAAUAAUCUAAAUGUUCAUAAAUAAUAAAUUAUGGUAUUUCUUGCCAAAAGGUAUUUCUGCCUCAAAGGUUUUAAAAUAGGCUGCAGGAAUAAAAAUUCAUACUGUUAAAAAUAUAGUGGCGUCCUGUCCGAGGUGUGUUACUGCACUGUGCCUAAAAUUAAGGUUGAGGUAGAAAAGACAUAUAAAAUUUAAACAGUAGGUAACUUUUACAGUGCCACAGAUAUAGUACAUGAGCACUUACAAUGUAACAGACUAAUUAAUUAAUCAUGAAUCAAAUACUGACCCAAAAUAAUAUACUUAAUAUGAUCUUAGACAUUAGUGUGAUUUUACUGCUAUAAACAAUCUAUACAUUUUACCUUUUACCUUUUUGGAAAUGUACAGAUAAUAAAACGAAGUGUUUCUGAACCCUUACCUGAAAUAACUGGCUUUUUGUACUCAUUACUGAUAAAUAAGAUAUGAUUAUCAUUUAAGUAAUAACAAAACAACAUAUUUUUUUAUAAACUAAUUGUCCUUUUAUAUCUUUACUGGAGGAAUCAUAUCUUUGGCAGGAAUCUAAGUCUACUUUAAAAUUUCUUACAUUAACAAGCUGGUCAAGCUGACCUGGCCAUUCCAAAAAACACGCUUUUAUGUGUGGCUUCUUUUUUAUCUUUUAGCACUGCUUGUUGUGCUCUUGGUGUAAACUGAGAGUAGCAGGAGUAACUAAAUUUUGUCUAUUUGUAGGUUUGUUUUAUAGUGAAUUAAUGAAUACAAGUCUGUAUGCAAGUACUUUUGUAGACUUUGCCAGCAUCAUGUGUGUUUCAUAAGAAAUAACAUCUACACAACCCACACCUCAAACUGCAUAUUAAUUAACUUUUGGAAAAAAGUCUUUAUAUAAUUGAUUUAUUACACCUGUUAACAAUGGCUGUGGCUGAAACACAUAAACUCAAAAAUGAGAAGGGGUGUCCCAAUAAUUUUGUCCAUAUAGUGUAGCUGUUCUUAUACACCAGAGGUCAGUAUUGUCGACGUGCACAUAAAAGUUUUGGAAAAGGACCUUUUGGCUCAGCAUUUAAUGUAAACCAUUUAAAAUAUCUUUAAAUAUUACUGUAUGAAGUAGAAGUAUUGUCUAAGCAUUUAGACAACAGUAGGAAAGAGUAAAAGAUAAAAAUAUUAUUAAAAUUUUAAAUUCUUUAGCUCUUUAUAUAAUUAUUUAUUUUAAACUGUACAGUGCUGUGCAGGGUUUUCUAUUACUUCUCCUAUAAUUGACAAACAGUUUGAACAAGUACUGUGUGACGAACAGGAAAAAGGAAAAACACACUGUAGAAAAGUUUAGGACAUGUUUCUGGCAACCGGAGUUUAAGGACAGGCCAUGCCUUGUUAAUAAUAACCCACCCCUCUUUUCUAUGGAACUAACAAAUAAGUCUGAACCAAAUAAAUGUAAAGCUAGAGAUAAAUAAUGUCUGAAUACAGUUUAAAUAUACUUUUAAUGUACUGUAUAACAAACAAUUUAAAAAUUAAAACUUUUUAUUUUGAAUUGUUAUUUCUGGUCUAAAAUAUGAAUCUAAUUUUAAAGCAAUAUGGUUUGUCACACUUAUUUCUAAUUAUUUGUAAUUUCUGGGAGAUGGCACGGUUGUUCAGUGGGUAGCACUGUCACCUCACAGCAAAAAGGUCCUGGGUUUGAUCCCCAGGUUUCCUCCCACAGCCAAAGACAUGCAAGUGAGGUGAAUUGGAGAUACAAAAUUGUCCAUGACUGUGGCUGACACUGAAGACUUGAACUGUUCUGUCAUGAAUGUAACCAAAGUGUGUAAAAUAUGACAGUAAAAUCCUAAUAAAUAAAUCAAUAAA